AUGUUCUUCUUCGGCCUUGGGAAACUCGUCUACGUCAUCAUCCUCAUCAUCAACGCCAUCGCAGUCCUCUCCGAAGACCGCUUCCUCGCUCGGAUUGGAUGGGGCCGUACACAACCAGACGCCUUUGGCGCGUCUUACGAUAGCACAAGCGUCAAGGCGAAGACGAUUGAUUUGAUCGCGAGUGUCCGGACGGUGAUGCGGAUACCUCUAAUUAUAAUAAACUCCGUCAUUAUCGUCGCCAAACUUAUCUGGUGA